AUGGAGUUGCAAAGGUUGUGGGGGCCUUGUUUGAGGGACGGGGCGCAGAGGGAGGGGGCGCAGAGGGAGGGGGCGCAGAGGGAGGGGGCGCAGAGGGAGGGGGCGCAGAGGGAGGGGGCGCAGAGGGAGGGGGCGCAGAGGGAGGGGGCGCAGAGGGAGGGGGCGCAGAGGGAGGGGGCGCAGAGGGAGGGGGCGCAGAGGGAGGGGGCUCAGAGGGAGGGGGCUCAGAGGGAGGGGGCUCAGAGGGAGGGGGCUCAGAGGGAGGGGGCUCAGAGGGAGGGGGCUCAGAGGGAGGGGGCUCAGAGGGACGGGGCUCAGAGGGACGGGGCGCAGAGGGACGGGGCGCAGAGGGACGGGGCGCAGAGGGACGGGGCGCAGAGUGACGGGGCGCAGAGUGACGGGGCGCAGAGUGACGGGGCGCAGAGUGACGGGGCGCAGAGUGACGGGGCGCAGAGGGACGGGGCGCAGAGGGACGGGGCGCAGAGGGACGGGGCGCAGAGGGACGGGGCGCAGAGGGACGGGGCGCAGAGGGACGGGGCGCAGAGGGACGGGGCGCAGAGGGACGGGGCGCAGAGGGACGGGGCGCAGAGGGACGGGGCGCAGAGGGACGGGGCGCAGAGGGACGGGGCGCAGAGGGACGGGGCGCAGAGGGACGGGGCGCAGAGGGACGGGGCGCAGAGGGACGGGGCGCAGAGGGACGGGUCGCAGAGGGACGGGGCGCAGAGGGACGGGGCGCAGAGGGACGGGGCGCAGAGGGACGGGGCGCAGAGGGACGGGGCGCAGAGGGAGGGGGCGCAGAGGGAGGGGGCGCAGAGGGAGGGGGCGCAGAGGGAGGGGGCGCAGAGGGAGGGGGCGCAGAGGGAGGGGGCGCAGAGGGACGGGGCGCAGAGGGACGGGGCGCAGAGGGACGGGGCGCAGAGGGACGGGGCGCAGAGGGACGGGGCGCAGAGGGACGGGGCGCAGAGGGACGGGGCGCAGAGGGACGGGGCGCAGAGGGACGGGGCGCAGAGGGACGGGGCGCAGAGGGACGGGGCGCAGAGGGACGGGGCGCAGAGGGACGGGGCGCAGAGGGACGGGGCGCAGAGGGACGGGGCGCAGAGGGACGGGGCGCAGAGGGACGGGGCGCAGAGGGACGGGGCGCAGAGGGACGGGGCGCAGAGGGACGGGGCGCAGAGGGACGGGGCGCAGAGGGACGGGGCGCAGAGGGACGGGGCGCAGAGGGACGGGGCGCAGAGGGACGGGGCGCAGAGGGACGGGGCGCAGAGGGACGGGGCGCAGAGGGACGGGGCGCAGAGGGACGGGGCGCAGAGGGACGGGGCGCAGAGGGACGGGGCGCAGAGGGACGGGGCGCAGAGGGACGGGGCGCAGAGGGACGGGGCGCAGAGGGACGGGGCGCAGAGGGACGGGGCGCAGAGGGACGGGGCGCAGAGGGACGGGGCGCAGAGGGACGGGGCGCAGAGGGACGGGGCGCAGAGGGACGGGGCGCAGAGGGACGGGGCGCAGAGGGAGGGGGCGCAGAGGGAGGGGGCGCAGAGGGAGGGGGCGCAGAGGGAGGGGGCGCAGAGGGAGGGGGCGCAGAGGGAGGGGGCGCAGAGGGAGGGGGCGCAGAGGGAGGGGGCGCAGAGGGAGGGGGCGCAGAGGGAGGGGGCGCAGAGGGAGGGGGCGCAGAGGGAGGGGGCGCAGAGGGAGGGGGCGCAGAGGGAGGGGGCGCAGAGGGAGGGGGCGGAGAGGGAGGGGGCGGAGAGGGAGGGGGCGGAGAGGGAGGGGGCGGAGAGGGAGGGGGCGGAGAGGGAGGGGGCGGAGAGGGAGGGGGCGGAGAGGGAGGGGGCGGAGAGGGAGGGGGCGGAGAGGGAGGGGGCGGAGAGGGAGGGGGCGGAGAGGGAGGGGGCGGAGAGGGAGGGGGCGGAGAGGGAGGGGGCGGAGAGGGAGGGGGCGGAGAGGGAGGGGGCGGAGAGGGAGGGGGCGGAGAGGGAGGGGGCGGUGAGGGAGGGGGCGGUGAGGGAGGGGGCGGAGAGGGAGGGGGCGGAGGGGGAGGGGGCGGAGGGGGAGGGGGCGGAGGGGGAGGGGGCGGAGGGGGAGGGGGCGGAGGGGGAGGGGGCGGAGGGGGAGGGGGCGGAGGGGGAGGGGGCGGAGGGGGAGGGGGCGGAGGGGGACGGGGCGGAGGGGGACGGGGCGGAGGGGGACGGGGCGGAGGGGGACGGGGCGGAGGGGGACGGGGCGGAGGGGGACGGGGCGGAGAGGGACGGGGCGGAGAGGGACGGGGCGGAGAGGGACGGGGCGGAGAGGGACGGGGCGGAGAGGGACGGGGCGGAGAGGGACGGGGCGGAGAGGGACGGGGCGGAGAGGGACGGGGCGGAGAGGGACGGGGCGGAGAGGGACGGGGCGGAGAGGGACGGGGCGGAGAGGGACGGGGCGGAGAGGGACGGGGCGGAGAGGGACGGGGCGGAGAGGGACGGGGCGGAGAGGGACGGGGCGGAGAGGGACGGGGCGGAGAGGGACG